AUGAAGAUCUUAUCCUUUACUAUUCUAACCUUGCUUGCAUUGAUUGUGUCAAUAUCGGCUGUUGAAUUUGAUCUGGUGUCGUUCCAUCUUAUCGAUCCAGUGCUCUCUCCUGUGAUCGACUCGAAGAAAUUCAACAUAACAACGAGGAUUGAGGCCUACAACCAAACCAUCAGUUUUGUUCUAGAAGACAAUGAUGAUCUCAUAUCACAGGACGUGCAGAUCCGGUAUCCCGGUAUCCAUGGGCAGACCAACGAGGCAGGUGCCCUGCCAAACGCUCAAGUUCGAUUUACAAGAGGAUCAGUCUGGAUGCAGGACACUCUGAGGGGGAGCUGGGAGAAUGUCGGAUGGGCAAGGCUUGCCAUGACUCAGCAUGAAGAGAACUUGCUCCUGGAUGGAGCCUUUACAAUUAUGGGUUCGCAGUAUGCCCUCGAAUUUGAGACCCUUAAUGAUGGGUCGACUGCGAUGAAAGCCCACGAGCACGAAUCGGCAUUCACAACUGGUAGCCAAUCGUCACUCCCUUCGCUCUGCGCAACUGUACCCGAAACACACUUGCAUAAAAGACAGAGCCGGAAUGGUUGGGAUAAUGAGGAUUUCACCUCAACGAUCGGCAGUGCGAACGGCUGUCCGAACACGAGAGAGAUUGCAAACAUUGGCAUAAUGACGGACUGCACGUACACUGCAAGCUUCAAUUCCUCCGAUUCUGCCCAACGAUAUAUCCUGAAUAUGGUCAACACGGCAUCUGUUGUAUUUGAGAACAGUUUUAAUAUCUCUCUUGCGGUACAGAAUUUGACGAUAAGUGACGCGGAAUGCCCGAGCAGUACCUCAGACACGACUGCAUGGAAUGUCCCUUGCUCCCAGGGAGACCUUAACAUGCGCCUUCAGACCUUUUCAAGGUGGCGAAGCUCCGUGAACGAUGAAAAUGCAUACUGGACCUUGUUGACUGGAUGUUCAGUUUCUGCAGGGGAGAUUGGGGUGUCCUGGAUUGGAGCACUGUGUAACACAGGUUCUGGUUCUAGUAAUGGAGGAGCUAGUGCAAAUGUUGUUGCUCGAACAUCAAAUGAGUGGCAGGUCUUUGCGUAA